AUGAGGCGCCUCUCGUCCUUCAAGGAGCAGUACAGGCGAGCUUCGGCGCGCGCCCCUACACCUCCGCCGCCCGCCUACGAGCCACUGUCGCCCAUCCUGCUGCCCACGGAGCCCUCGACGGCGCACCCCGCCGGCAAUGCGAAUAUCCCAACCGCGUCGCUAUCAGGCACAAGGCACAUCAAUGAUGCUCCGCACAAUGCUUUCACUCUCAGAGAGGGCGCGCGCGCGUCCGCGGAGCAGUCGUCGCCGGCGGUGACGUACGGGCACUCGUCGCGCUCCGCACCUCCGCCGCCGCAGUAUUCUCUGGCGCAGGCAUCGCCCAUUGAGGCCCUCGCAGAUGUCGCUGUCACCAGGCAGCACACAAACCUGCCCUACGCUGACUUUUCGCGCCAUGCUUCACACCCAGCGACGUCGCCCGCGACCCUCCCUUACCCGAUCGGCGAGCGCGCCCCCGUACACGCCUCCCCUAGGGAGCCCAUAUAUCCCUACGAUGAGAGACCCGCGAAGAGAGCGCGCUCCGAGGUGUACGGCUCUCCGCAGUAUGGGCAGUCUCAGUCGAGACCGGCUACGAGCCACAUCCCGGGCUGGUCCUAUAGCGUCGAGCACACGGCCAACGGCGGCAAUGGCAUGCAUCAGAUCAGCGCCGUGCCUGAUGACCGACGUGCUGAAGCUGAGCUGCUGCUCGAUUUCUUCACGGCAGCUACAACGCAGCUUGCGCAAUCUCCGCCCUCGACAGCAAAGCGGUUGGUCUUUUCACAGUCAGCGCCGGCCGAGCAGCCUUCGCAACUUCUACAACAUUCGCAACCAGUACAACAAAUACAACACAAGCAAGCGCCCGAAAAUCCUUUUCUAGCGCCUCCGCCGCCACCACCGUCAUCCGAUCACUACAGCCAACCUACGCAGGCACCCGUCGACCUGAAACACCCUUUAGACGCACCCUCAGACAUAGCCCCGACCGCCUCGGCUGCACAAACACAUACACCGCCUGAAGAAGCUCCUACUAUCGUUACACAGCCUGAGAUGCAAGAUGCCGUUCCGUCAGAAGAGCCAAAGGCGAAAAAAGGACAGGGCUUGCCAAAAGGGAAGGCGCGCGCAUCUCGUAGCACCCCUUCGGCCAGCAGCAAACGGAAGAAGUCAACUCCCAAGCCCAAAAGUGCGCCAUCCACAAGUACUUCUGGAGCCCCGGACCAGCUUCAGUCGCCGCUGAGUCUGCCCGCCGACCAGUCUGCUGCGGUCCCAACGGACAGCUCCAUUCCCACGGUACCGCUAGCUGGACCAGCCCAAAUCUCGCCCUCGCAAGCACGUCGUCAUUCCUUCUCAAUAUCCGCUCCACCAAUACCAGACGACCAGCCGCUCUCGACGUACUCACGAGCCAAAUCACUACCUCUUGGAAACCAAGCAGUCGCCCCUGCUCCUGCUGCUCCUGUCGCGCAGCCUGCGCCCGCUCUAGCCGAACCAGAACUUAUCUGCGCCCAUUGCAAAUCGUCCGAAUCACUUACCAAAAUCGGCGACGGCGAACAAUGGAUCGGCUGCGAUGGCUGCAAAGAGUGGUAUCACUACCCUUGCGCUGGUUUCAACAGCGAACGGGAGGUACGGGAGGUAAACAAAUUCUACUGCGAACCGUGUAGACCCAAGUUUGGUGAAACAACGAAGGUUCGUAAAUCCGUCAGAGCCCACACAACUGUUGACUACGCUGGUCUAAACGAGGGUGUUCUCAAGACCUCAGACGACAACCCGGAGCACCACUAUAUAUCAGCUUUCAAGAAUGGCGAUAUCGAAUUCACCCCCGAGACCUUUGCGCGUGUCCCGGCUCAACUCAUCACCGGCGACUUCCUCGAGAAGAUGAACGGGUUCAAGGAGCCGAUCGUGAUCCCUGGCGACAUGAACCCUUCGGCGGUGUCAACGGAGGAAGACAUCGUCAUGGGAAACACUGAGGGGCAAGGAGACGGGUCAGGAUCACACGCUGGGUACGAUACAGUCGUCGAUGACGGUCAAGACAGUUUGGAUAUGGUCAUACCCAAGGGCCUGACGGUUCGCCGCGUAGCGGAACUCUACGGCCCAAACGAACCCGUACCCGUCAUCGACGUCAAAGCACAAGAAGGCGAAGGCAAGAAGUGGACCAUGGGGAAGUGGGCCGACUACUACGAGCAACAAGGAGAAAAGCCAGUACGGAAUGUCAUCAGUCUGGAGGUAUCUCGAAGCAGGCUUGGGAAGCUCAUACGGCGGCCCAAGGCUGUUCGAGACAUGGACCUCCAAGAUUCCGUGUGGCGGGAGGAUGACAAGUCUGCGCCGCCCCCAGUGCAGUUCUACUGCCUUAUGUCUGUCGCAGACUGCUUCACCGACUUCCACAUCGACUUUGGCGGUUCAUCCGUCUACUAUCACAUCGUCAAGGGAAAGAAGGUCUUCUUCUUUAUCCCACCAACAAAGCAAAACCUCAAGAAAUACGAAGACUGGUGUCUUUCUCCGAAUCAAGGACACGACUGGCUUGGCAAACAGGUCAAGGAGUGUUACCGAGUAGAUCUAUACCCUGGAGAUACCAUGUUGAUUCCUUCUGGCUGGAUCCACGCAGUCUGGACUCCCGAGGACAGCCUCGUCAUCGGCGGUAACUUCCUCACUCGCAUCCAUUACGGCAUGCAGAUUAAGAUUCUGGAGAUCGAGAAGAACACCAAGGUGGCCUUGCAAUUUCGGUAUCCGUUCUUCCAAAAGAUCAUGUGGUUAACAGCCAUCAAAUAUCUGGAAGAAGAUCCAAUUCCUGGUCCAGUUCAAGAGCUUCUGCAAAGCGGCGAGCAGUUCACACGAGACACACCCAUCUACUGCGAGCCAGAUAGGUUCGGUCACAACUCGCACCUCGGCGCACAGAACUACAACAAACGGUACUACUCCAAGCACGAACUCGAAGGGCUGAGCGAUCUUCUGAACUACAUUUGGAGAACUGUCUUGAUUACCGAAGGAAAAAUCGAUGUGCCUCAAAAGACCAGAAGCGCUGUCAACAAGUCGAUCCCUAAGGGCCAUGGCGAGCCGCUUGUGCUAGCCCGACGCUUUGCAAUGUGGAUCGCAUGGAAACGCGGGAAUGAGACCAUACCAUCUUGGGCCUUCUCUGAUGCUGUUCUUCCCGAAGUGAUGGAGACCACAGAGAAGAAGCUCAGUGCUGCUCAGGUUAAGAGACUGGAGCGUGAGACGCUCCAUGAAGCCUUACGAGCAACGGCAGAGAGAUCUUCAGCCCGCAUCAAAGCUUCUGAUGUGGUUCCCGAGCCUUCGCCGCCUAUCGAAGUGGAGAAUUACAACUAUGAAAUGGUGCCUGUAACGUCCGGACCAUUAACUGGUUUCCUACGACCGUCGGCAAACAACCCGCACAUCACCACACCCAAAACAUCUCAGCUCGGACCCAAACGUGUUGCAUGCGAUGCAUGUAGGAAGCGCCGUAUCCGAUGCAAACACAAAGACGAGCUUAUUGAUACAUCAAAGCCGGGUAUGCACACCAUCGAUCUCUCUGGCUCAUACGGCAUAUCUGUCAAACGCCGGCUGAGCGAUCACUCCGUUGCAGAUAGCUUGUCGAACGCCGCCAAUGGGCCAGUGAAUGGCGGCCCAAUCAUGGCUGAUGUGAACGGCGACCCUUAUGCACUCAAGUCUGGCAGAGUCAAGGCUUGUGCCGACUGCAGGAAGAGCAAGCGGCGAUGCAUACACGACGAGUAUGGCAAUGUUGAUCCUGUCAAGGCCAACGAGAUCCCCAUUCCGCGGGGUUCAGCGUCUAAGAAACGGAGAGUCAGCGAUGAGGACUCGGGAUCAACAGCGAAGCGGAUGAGACAUGAAUCUUCAUAUGACGACGAAUAUUUGCAUGGAGACAUGCAUGCGCGACAUUCUCUUCCGAACCAGUUCAGUGGUGGUUCGUCUUUCCUCCAAGAGAUGGCCUAUUCCGCCCAGCAAGCGCUAGAUCAAAGUCCUGAGAAUGACGAUCUAGUGCCAGUUGAUCCUGCCCUUCAAGCAUAUACGAACGGCGACUACAAUCACGACGUGGCGAACUCGUACCACGCAAACGGUGAUACGGUCAUGUCGUCUGUCGAGUAUCAACCGACCGAUCCGAUGCUCAUGGACGGAAUGGAACCCACUGGACGCAACGGCGAAGUCCAUGGUCCUAGCAUAGAGCCGCUCACGCCUGGUCCGCCACCACACAACGAUACUGCGCAAACGCACACGAAAGGCUUCACAUCAAAGCCCGGAUCAGAACACCACGCUGUCCGUAAUCCAUCAUCACCUGUUUCGCCCAGACAUGUCUCCGCUGCUUCACCCACGGCAACCACCAACAACCACACUUACAACCCAUACAUCACCUCCCCGGCCACAAACAACUACAACAACUUCACCACAAACUCCGACUUCCCUCCCCCACCUGUCACGCCUACACUCAACAACACAUACAAAGCUCGUACGCAGAACUCCUCUGGCCACAAAGCCAGUCAAACGCCCUCUCGCGCUGGCCGCAAUAGCAAAACACCCAAAUCCACACCCAGCAAACGGCAAGAAAACGGCAAUGGCAACGGCAUCAAAUUGGAGCACGGCAUGAGUAUGGGAACCGGUAUGGGCAUGGCCGUGGGCAUGAACGGCGGCAUGAACGUCCCCAUGGGCAGCAUGAUCAACAUGAUCGAUCCCAACCUCGACCAAGCAAGUUUCGAUCUGAUCAAGCAGCUACAACAGGAGGAUUUGGGAUUACGAAGGCGGAGUCGUUGA